AUGCGCAGCAAAGUACCAGUAGGCAAGUCCUCACCUCGUCCUCACGUGCAGGUUAAUAACUACGGGCGAAUUAACUCGCCCGGCGAUGACAUCCGUGUAGCCAUGGCGAAGAACGCGAGCAAGGCGGCAAGUCCUACCGCCGCCUCCGGUGCGAGCUGUGACGGGGACGAAGCGAACGGCGACGACGCCGAGGAGGAUUGGCCGGAGAACGGCCACGACGACAGCGCUUCAGGCGACGAUGUAGGUCCUGCUGACAUCGAGGAGGACGACUGGUGGAAUCGGCCGGUCGGGAGCGACGACGAGGUGGAAGAGUGGCAUGUUGGUGAUUCCGACAACGACGGAGGUAAAGAUGCGCAUGGUAACAACGCGGAGGCAGCGGCGGAUGCACAGGAAGCGACGGUGGAUGCGAAUGAGGAGGCUGACGACGAGGCGGGGGCGGAACUUGAGACAUUUGCGCCUGCGGAUGCGACCGCAGUUGCGGAUGCGGAAGGCGAGGAAGGCGGCGACGACAACCCAUGGAGCUUUGGGACCGACGACGACGAGCGUCGCCCGAUACUCACCGCUGCGGAGAAGGGGAAAGCCAAGGUCGCGGAAGCCCCUGCUAAGGCCCCUGCUAAAGCCCCUGCUCGUCGCCGCACAAGCAACAAGAAGCUGACAUCCGACGGAGACCCGGGAUCCAGCAAGGGUGCGGCUAAGAAGAAGGCGAAGAAGGCGCCGAAUCCUGACGACAUCGUCGUGAACGAGCCGCUGGGCAGCGACGAUGAGUACGCGGCGGCGGCGGGCCCGAUUCCCACAUUCCCUGAGAAGGACAACGGGUGGAUGGACGAGACCGCUGUGCAGACCUGGCUGUCCAAGGAGGUGCUGCCCCAUCAGAACCCCCAGCGCGGCCAGAACGCAAGGCAGGCGAUGCUGGUGUUGGACUCCUACCGCGGUCACAUCACCCAGACCAUGCUUCAGUCGUACCGCACGCACAGCAUCACCCCUGCAGUCAUCCCAGCGGGUUGUACAAGCCAGAUUCAACCCCUGGACGUCUCCAUCAACCGGUGCUUCAAGGCUGCUGUGCGAGCGCGCUACGCCAUAUCCGAAGACGAAGAAGGGGAACCUGCGGAGGCCUCCGCACCCCGUGGUGCUGCAGUGGAUCGCGGAGGCUUGGGAUCAAGUCCCCAAGCAGAUCAUCAUCGACGCGUUCCGCCACUGUGGGAUCUCGAGCAAGCUAGACGGAACAGAGAACCACCUGGUGAUGUCUCACCUGCGCGCCAGGAGCACCACCGAUGUCUCCGCGGACAUGUCUCUCGGGGGGACCACAGGCGACAACACGUGCCUGCUCGGUCGGGCUCCAGAGGAGGAGGAGGAGGAGGCGAUGCAGGCGGAGGGCGUGCGGGAGGUGGCGUGGCAACCGGCCUGGAGGUGCUGUACCAGGAGACCCCCAACUACCGCGGAGCGGCGGCCAAGGCUGACCGCAUGGUCGAGCCUAGGGAGACGGCUAGGCAUGCCUAG